AUGCGGAUACCCUGCGCCCAGAUUUUCUUUGCAGGUCUUCCGCACAGUUGUCAAGUGGUGCUCAACGACGGCCAUGAGGACCGACGCCGCCUGCGGCUGCACUUGGCACAGCGGAGAAAUCCCAAGUUGGCGACCCCUGCAGGGCACAAAGAUGGCGUCGCGGUCUCCCGUCUUAUGAUUUGGAUGAACCAGGUGAAGCACAUGUACUCCACCGAGAGUCUGCGCUGGCUGGUCAUCCUCGGGGAUGACGUGUACAUCAACUUAGCUCGAUUGUUUUAUUUCCUGGCGGGGCACAAGUCCAGGGAUGGACACCCUGUGAUGUUCGCCCACGUCUACGACUUCGAUAUGCCAUGCCCAAAUUCCGCCACCAUCCUGAGCCGCGCGGCGCUUGAGCAGCUCUCCGUCCACGCCUCCUGCAAGACCUGCCCGUACACGGGUUCCAACUCCAUCUCCUUGGCGUACUGCGCGCUCUACACCGCGGUGCCCCUGGUGCACGUGCCCGGCUUCCACUGCCACGACUCGGAGCCGACCGCCGAGGCAGACUUGCUGGGCAACCACUGGAUUGCAGCAGGUGGGCUUUCCAUGUCCAAGGGCGAGCGAUCGCACCCCUUCGAGCAGGACUUCCCCAAUUUGGCGUGCAGUCUGCCCUCCACAGCAGAGUGGACGUUCCAGCAGCUGGCUGAAAGGAUCCGCUUCUGUGAGGAGGCAGCGCCAGCAUCACUUGGCUCUCCCGACCAUGACAGCCCACUCUCGCCCGAGACCGUGGAUGCCUACUUCGAGGCCCGAUGGCCUGGUUCCUCUGACAUGGUGGAGGAGGUCUCCCUCAACGCAGCUUCAGUGCAGGUGAGGGACGGCCGGUGGUAUUUCCUGCGGCAGAAUGCCUGGCUGCACCACACAGCUGUGGGCAACUUCCUGAAGGAGAUGCAGCGAUUGCCUGACCCUGGAGACAUCGCCUUCGGCUUCCUGCAGUCUGGGGAGCUGCUGCUGCAGCCGGGCUUGCUGGUGAGCAGCUCCGCCAUGCGGAAGAUCCAAGGCAAAGAGCUCACAGCAGCCUCCCUGCGCUCUCUGGGCAUUCGCCUGGUCCACAACCCGCUCAUGGUGCCGAGGGCGCAGCUGCUGCCAAGGACAUUGAUCGGCGCUGUGUCCGAGGGCUCAUUGAGUGGUGCUUGGGCGAUUGGCGAUAUCGAAGAGGAUCAGAUCUAUCAGGACCUGCAAAUGAAGGCGGAGGAUCGUCGAUUCUUCGCGGGUCUUUUGCAGGAGAACUUCGAAGAUCUGACACAAGAGGAUUGCAGCGCUGAGAGCCUGCGAAAGGCUCAAGACUGGCAGCGCUUCUUGCACAAUGACGACGAGCACAUCAAGGUGGUGCGAGGCUUCCAAUCCGGGCGCCGCGAGUUCCGCACCCUCCAUGCCAUGUACCGCUCCGAGGCCUCCGAUGCAUUGCCCCUGCGUGGUGUGCUGCAAGACACGGUGCUGGUGGCGCGGAAUUGCGAGGAGUGA